AUGGCAUGGCACCUUUGCCUCAUGGUCAGUUUCUCUUCUGCUUCGCAAGACACCAGUGUCUCCCAAGGUCUUGGUGCUGUCAGUAGCUCCUUCAGCUCAACCAGUAGCAGCGGUGCUGCCGAUUCCUUUCAUCCCUUCGAGUCCAGCUCCUGCUCGCAAUUUGAAGGACAAUCCUCGAGCUCUCGAACUCUCUACCCACAAGACCUCCGCAGCAGGAUGCCCUCGCCCUGUAUGUCUGACAUGGGAAGAGAAACGGCGCUCGAAGCCGGAGGGAACUCUCAGAUAGCAGACGCGCCCGACACUGCGUCAAGAUUGCCGGUCAAGACCAAAAGAGGCAAGAGCAAGCCUGGCCGAACCUCGAAGUCAAAGCAAUUUUCGAAUCGGGCGAUUCAGCCAAAGACAGCCGAGUCCAAGGGUGCUGCUGGCAUCCGCAAAGAGCUUCCAGACAGAGCAACCAAGUCCCUGAAGCCACGAUCCGGCUCGCCGAAGCCCUCCAAUGGCGUUUUGGCAAGGCCAAAGUCUUGUCAGAUCAUGUCAAACCCUCCGGUUUCUGUCCAGGGCACAGUUCCGGUAUCCAUGCCGAUACAGAGGGACCAGUUACAUGCGCCGGUCAAGCCCGUGUCAUCUACAGACUGGAGCAUGGAGCGCCUGGCCAAGGACGAAUUUCUCCUCCGCUCAAAGCGUGAGGGCAUGACAUAUCGUGAGAUACGGAAAGCAGGAGGCUUCCGCGAAGCUGAGAGCACACUUCGCGGGCGGUACCGCACGCUGACGAAGAAGAAGGAAGAGAGGGUUCAACUCCUUCGUAAAGGGGUGGCCAAAUUCGCCAAGGAAGCAGAGAAUGGUCGGAUGAAAGUACCUUGGAAGCAAGUGGCUGAGUACAUCCAGCAAAAGGGCGGUUCCUACCUCUUUGGCAAUGCAACAUGUCGAAAGAAGUGGGAUGAACUUGUUCAGAAUGGAGACGAGAACGGUGAUUACGGCGACGAAGAGGAGUGCAUGGAGUAG